AUGACUGACACAUCAAAUCCUAAAGUCUGGGCCAUUUUAAUCGGCAUCAACGCCUACGCGGAAUUUAAGUGGUUGGAGGGCUCCGUUAGAGACAUUGAAAACGUCGAGAAAGUUCUCAAAGACAGCAUCGACGCCUCCCGCCUAGAAAUCUUGAAAAUUACCGUAGAGGAUCUCAAAGGCGACACGCUGCCCACCUACGACAACAUCGUAGGUUUGAUCAAGCACGUCCAGGAACGGGCCACGCCCAGGGACUUUGUCUACUUUCACUACUCCGGCCAUGGGGGUCGCCAGUUGCGGAGCCAGGACAGGGAGCAUCCGCUGAGGGGGUCGGACAAUUAUUUUGAGUCGCUGGUUUUGCACGGCGCGCGCCAUAUGAAGGACUACGAGCUUGGUCGCUACUUUGAUGGCCUGGCAAGUGCCGGGGCACAGCUUUUCGCAGUGCUCGAUUGCUGUCACUCUGGAGGUGGAGACCGAGCUAACCACCAGAAUGUUCGUCAGAUCGACCGUAUUCUGCCUGCGGAUCCCCAGCCGGGGGAGGAGGAGCCAGAUGAGGAGGAAGACACUGGAGUCGAAAAUCGCGCUGGGUCCGCUAGAUCAUCAUACUGGACGAGGGUGCGCAACUACACUCUUCUAGCGGCGUGUCAACCGCACCAACUGGCCAAGGAAUGUUACGACAGUGACUACAAGAAGAACGGCGCCCUGACUCUGACGAUGCUUUCUAGCCUCGAGACGCUGAGGCAAAACGGUCAGUCGCUGACCUAUAAGUCACUCUUUUGGGAUAUCUGUGCCCGCAUUGGAAUGAAAUCAGCAACGCAGAACCCGAAGCUGUUUGGCAUCGAGGACCGCGACGUGUUUUCCCACGACAGCCAUUCGAGUACUCGCCAGGCGAUCGUCACGAGCGCAGAUUCCGGGAGGGUCUACAUUGACCACGGGGAGAUACACGGUGUCAAGGACGGGGAGAAAUGGGCCAUCUACCCCCGUGGCGCAUUGCAGCUGACAAAACCGAUUACGACCAUCACCAUCGACCGGGUGGAGGCAAUCAAAGCAUCGGGACCAUUGGCUGCUGCCGAUUCAGGCAACGUGGACCGCGGUUGUCCAGUGUCUCUGGUCUCUCCCGUAUACGGAACACCUCUCCAUGUACUUGUAGAGAACGACUACCUCCGCCAGCAGUUGAUUAAAGAACCCGCUAUCGGGGUGAAACUCCACGGAGUCGACUACCUCGGGGCCGCCUACGAGAUUCGUCCUAAUGAUGAGGGCCAGCACGAAAUCAAGGACGCCUCUGGUACGCAUUUGCCAAACUCCCCGGUCUACGUACCGGGAGCGUCAACACCAACGGUGUCCAAAAUUCACGGAUUUCUCAAGACCCUCGCGCACUACUCGAGGGUUCUGCACGCCCACAACACCAAGGCCGACCUCCAGGGCCAGUUCGAAUUUCGGGAGGUGAAGAAUGCCACCACAGUGUGCCACGGAGGCAGUAUAGAAUUGCAGUUUAAGAAUUUGCGGCGCCUGAUCCCCGGCACAGACGAUGACCGCAACAGGCAGAACAUCCGGGACACGCUCUACUUUAGCGUGCUCAAUCUGAGGGCGGAUAGAACGGUGACUCUCUGCGUUCCAGACGACAGCUACCAGAGCGAUGGGUCUCUGGCCGUGGAGCCAGAAAAGAGCAGCGACGAGUUGUCCAUCGAAAUGAAGAUCCUUGAUACUGAUGGGGACGUAACCGAAAUAACUGACAUUUUCAAAGUGAUUGUGACAGAUAAACCUUCCUCCUUCAGAACUCUCGCGACAGAGCAUGCCGUAAGAGGAGGCGCUGCAAAGCAGGAAGACUUUAAUGAAGAGUUCCAGACGAUCCUACGCGGUGGGAGUGACGGGUCACGAGCAGGAAGGCUUCGCCCUGUUGAUGCAAAAUGGCAAACAGCCCAGGUCUCGGUUACGACCACAAGAAAUAUCCCGUCUCCUUCUGGGUAG